GUUAGACGGGGCCAAGUGAACGAUUUUUAUUAUCGUCAAGUAGUGACAAUUCGAUCGUGAAUGUGGAGGUACAGGUACUUUCCAUCGGUCGAGAAUUUCGAACGGAACUGAAAGCGCCCCGUCGUCUUUAAACGGGGAUUUAGUGAUAAAUUAAGGAGCGAUCGCGUCUAUUGACACAGUUCGUUCCUAACGUCGGCAUAACGCAGAUGUUCCUCUCGUUUCGGAGUCUCGCGCGCGCAAAGACGACUUCCGCGAUAAUUUUUCCCCCGAUCCGUGGAAAAUCGUCGGUGAAAUUUCAUGACGAUUCGCGACACGUUCGACAGUUCCGUUGCCAGAUAUAAUCUUAUUGGAACGAUCACGAAGCCUCGAAAUGCCUGAAAACGGAGUACAGAUGACCGAACUGAGGAUAGAAAACUCAAGCUUUUCGUCGCAGGAGAAGAAAAUCGACGAUGGUAAAAGGGAGACCAAUCUAACGUACGGGAUCGACGACGUUCCGCCAUGGUACCUCUGCCUGUUCAUGGCUCUUCAGCACUAUCUGACCAUGAUAGGGGCGAUCGUCUCGAUCCCUUUUAUUCUAACGCCAGCUCUAUGCAUGGCGGAGGACGAUCCAUCGAGGAGUUACAUAAUCUCUACCAUGAUCUUCGUUACAGGACUGGUGACACUCUUGCAGACCACAUUCGGGUGCAGGCUACCUUUGGUGCAAGGUGGAACGAUAUCAUUUCUGGUCCCAACCCUGGCGAUAUUAAAUCUUCCGCAAUGGAAAUGUCCGGCGCCAGAAGUGAUGAACGAAAUGUCACCGGAAAAUCGUACCGAAUUGUGGCAAGUCCGAAUGAGAGAGCUCUCGGGCGCCAUUGCUGUGUCCUCGUUGUUCCAAGUGGUCGUUGGAUUCGGAGGUAUUAUCGGUUACUUGUUGAAAUUUAUAACGCCACUGACGAUCGUGCCGACUGUCUCACUGGUCGGAUUGUCUCUGUUCGAGAACGCAGCGGACGCGGCAUCGCAACAUUGGGGCAUCGCGGCUGGAACGAUACUAAUGUUGACGCUCUACUCUCAAAUAUUGGUCAACGUGCCGUUUCCCAUUUUGACGUACCGCAAAGGCGAGGGGAUACAAGUUGUGUGGUUCGAACUGUUUAAAUUGUUUCCGGUGUUGCUGACUAUAGUAGCCAUGUGGAUAAUCUGCACUAUUCUAACCGUCACAGAUGUUCUACCAGUUGGGCAUCCAGCGAGAUCCGACAGCAAAUUGAAAAUCAUCAAUCAGUCCCCGUGGUUCAGAAUACCUUAUCCUGGCCAAUGGGGCGCGCCAACCGUGACUCUGUCGGGUGUGCUCGGUAUGCUUGCCGGAGUGUUGGCGUGUACAGUGGAAUCAAUCAGUUAUUAUCCCACAACGUCCAGGAUGUGCGGUGCUCCUCCGCCGCCGGUUCACGCGAUUAACCGAGGUAUCGGUAUAGAGGGCCUCGGCACCAUGUUGGCUGGUCUCUGGGGCAGCGGGAACGGCACCAACACAUUCGGAGAAAACGUUGGAACCAUAGGCGUGACAAAAGUCGGCAGCCGCAGAGUCAUCCAAUGGGCUUGCGGAUUAAUGAUACUGCAGGGGUUGAUCAGCAAAUUCGGUGCCGUUUUUAUUAUCAUCCCGGAACCUAUAGUCGGCGGAAUAUUCUGCGUGAUGUUCGGGAUGAUUUGCGCUUUCGGUCUUUCCGCGUUGCAAUACGUUGAUCUAAACUCUGCAAGGAACCUUUACAUCCUCGGGUUCUCGAUUUUUUUCCCUUUGGUUUUGUCGAAGUGGAUGAUUAAUCAUUCGGACGUGAUACAGACCGGAAACGAGAUAGCCGAUGGUGUGAUCACGGUUCUGCUUAGCACGACUAUCCUGGUCGGUGGCAUAGUAGGAUGUUUGCUGGACAAUAUUAUACCUGGUACCCCCGAGGAACGUGGACUCAUAGCUUGGUCGAAAGAAAUGGAAUUAAAUGUCGAAAGUGAUGACAAACAGGACCAAGGAGAAUAUGUACCUAAUACAUUCGAUUUUCCAUGCGGAAUGACACUUUUGAGAAGAUGGAAGUGGACUAGUUACGUACCAUUUUUACCGACAUACAAGCCAGGAAUAUACUCCCGCGGCCUGAAGAAGCAAUGAGUAUUUAUUUCGAUUCAAAAUUAUUGAACAAUGUAUUAACGAUUUGCGUGGAAGUCACAUUGUAAUGCAGUUGUAUGAACGUCGAGUGAAUCAGUGCAGUUGAAUAUUGUACUGAAAAUGAAAAUACAAUA